GAUUAAUCUUGCAGCGAACUCAGCAGUGAAAGUUCUUGAAAGGCCGGACCUGCUUUCUCCUCAGCUAUUGCAAGCUGGUCUAAAUGACCAGCUUUACAAAAUUAAGUCUUCUUUGCCAAAGCCGGAAUUCAACUAUUUCUUACUCAAAGGAAAUCUCUCAUCAAAAGCUGCUAGUUCCUCUUCACGUAAACAAACAGAAAGCAGUAAAUCGUAGAUGAUUUUAAAUGAUUCGAUUUCUUAAAGUUCUCAGAGGAAUAACCAUCCGGUAUUAUUUUAGGUCAAAAUUAGGUAUGGUUUUU